GUGGAAUUUUACAUAUAAGGGCCAUCGCCGCCUCCCUCCGGAUAUCUUUGAAUCGAUCGAGCGCCAGAGGCGGCUCUGGAGGGGAACCAACCAUGGUUCACGUCAGUUUCUACAGGAAUUAUGGGAAGACUUUUAAGAAGCCCCGUCGUCCCUACGAGAAGGAGCGGCUCGAUGCGGAGCUGAAGCUGGUGGGUGAGUAUGGGCUCCGCUGCAAGCGGGAGCUCUGGAGGGUCCAGUACGCGCUGAGCCGAAUUCGUAAUGCUGCAAGGGAUCUUCUCACGCUCGACGAGAAGAACCCUCGUCGGAUUUUUGAGGGAGAGGCCCUCCUCCGCCGGAUGAACCGCUAUGGGCUGCUCGAGGAAGGCCAGAACAAGCUCGAUUACGUCCUGGCUCUCACAGUAGAGAACUUCCUGGAGCGCCGUCUGCAGACUCUUGUCUUCAAGUCGGGGAUGGCGAAGUCCAUCCACCAUGCCAGAGUCCUGAUCAGGCAGCGCCACAUCAGAGUCGGGAGGCAAGUGGUUAACAUCCCGUCGUUCAUGGUGAGGGUGGACUCUGCAAAGCACAUCGACUUCUCUCUCACAAGUCCAUUUGGUGGUGGGCGCCCCGGGAGGGUGAAGAGAAAGAAUCAAAAGGCUGCAGCAAAGAAGGCAGCCGGUGGCGACGGUGAUGAGGAUGACGAGGAAUGAGCAAUAUGCAUUUGCGGUAUUCCAAUUCUAGGAGCCUUUAUUUGUUUCAGACUUGAGUUUGUUAUCCGCUAUCUGAUCAUUUUGUAGAAGUAUUAGCUCAUAAAAUUUGCCACAUUAUUGUUAAAAAUGCUUCUAAAUUUUAAUAUCGUGGAUUUUGACAUUUGUUUAUGGAUUUA